AUGUCGGAACAAAAGCCAGUUGAUGCUGCGCCUGAGCUCAAGCCCGUGGAGGCUGUAGAGGGCGACAAGCUAGAGGUUCCCGUUACUGCGGCUGAAAACAGCGAAGCUGCCAAGGAUGAACCCGCGAUCAAUGCCCCGGCUAAGGAAGAAGAGCCUGCCAAAGACACUACCGCCAGCAAUGCAGAGCCCGAAGCUGCUAAGCCCGAAGAAAAGGUCGAGAAGCCUGCCUACUUGAUCAAGACCCCUGCGCUCGGCCAGUUCUUCGAUCGCCUUCCAACCAUUCUCACCAGCAUCGGACACGAUGAGAUGUGGGGAGUGCAGCUUAAAGACAGCGCUGAUGUUCCUACCGUCAAUGUGCUAAUCAAGUUCCUGCGCGCCAAUGAGGGCAAUGUUCAGGCUGCCGAGGACCAGCUUCGCAAGGCACUCCAAUGGCGCAAGGACGUGAACCCGUUGGCGUUGGCCGAGUCGGGCAAGUACAGUGCAUCGAAGUACGGGGGUCUGGGAUACCUGACGACCUACGAGAAGGAGGGUCGCCCGCUGGUAUUUACUUGGAACAUCUAUGGAGCCGUCAAAGACGUCAAUGCGACAUUUGCAGACUCGGAUGAAUUUGUUAAAUGGCGCGCCGCUCUCAUGGAGCUCGCUGUGCAAGAGUUGAAGAUGAAGGAUGCCACUGAGGUGAUUGAGUAUGAUGGCGAGGACCUCUACCAGAUGAUUCAGGUCCACGAUUACCUGAACGUCAAGUUCCUCCGCAUGGACCCCUCUGUGCGCACCGCAACCAAGAAGGUCAUCGAUGUAUUCGCCACUGCCUAUCCCGAACUGCUCAGCGAGAAGUUUUUCGUUAAUGUCCCUGCGAUCAUGGGCUGGAUGUUCACCGCCAUGAAGCUCAUAUUGAGCCGCAACACAACCCGAAAGUUCCACCCCAUCACCAACGGUGCCAACCUGGCUCGUGAGUUCCCUGCUUCUGUUGUGGAGCAAAUCCCCAAGACUUAUGGUGGCAAGGGCCCGGAGUUGAAGGAUGAUGCUCGCGUUGUCCCCUUGGUGGAAGACAAGCCGGAGGAUAAAAAGGACAAGCAAGAGGACAAGAAAGUCGAAGAACCUGCCCCGGCUGAGCUCCCAGAGCAGGAAGCUCCUAAGCAGGCUGCCUUGGAAGAGCCAAAGGAGAUUGCUCAGUAA